AAAAAAAAAAAAAACGUUAUCCCAAGUACACGACACAAAAAUGAAUACUCUCGCCGCGCUACUUCGCCACUCCCCGCUACACUGCACUCUCUCUCUCCCCGAAUUCUAAAGGAUGCUAUGAAUCCUCCCAAUCUCCUCUCUUUCCCCUCAUCCUCAACUCCUCCCCCUCCUGUGAGAAACCCUAACCCUAAUCUUGGCUUCGGCGUCCCAUCCCCGGCCCCGGUCGCUCGACCUCGCCGCUUCCGAUGUCCAUGCCGACGCGCCGGCGCUCCGUCGUGGGGCUCCAACGCCGAGUCCGUCCGAGCCGGGAGGUUCGGACGCCGAGGCCCCUCCGAUGGGCGCGACGAGGUCGGGGACUCUUGGGGGAAGGAGAAGAGGAGGUGGUGGUCGGAUGAGUCCUCUGAAGAGCUGGACGAGGACUUCGACUUCGAUUUCGAUCCCGAUGAGGGGUUUUGGGAUAAGAUUUGGAUCUUUAAGGUAUUCAAGGCAUAUGGCUACUUGCUACCUGCCAUCAUCGCAUCGAUGCUUCUAGCGACCGGUCCAAAGGCUUUCCUUAUGGCCUUAGCACUUCCGCUCGGCCAAUCGGCAGUCUCUCUAGCAAUCGAGAAAAUAUGGGGAAAGAACCGCGAGGGCCCAAGAACGAAGCCCAAGACCAAGAAGAAGCCGUUUGCAAGGCCUACUGAUGACUUCUUCAGGAGGCAACGGCAAGAUGUAAGCAGCGGCGAGAACAAUGGAAAACCCAGUUAUCAUUCGUGGGUCUCUGCAGACAAUGGCAGUGAGGGGAGUAAGUCAUCUAAACCAAGUUUUGGAGGGUGGGAUGAGUUGGACAGGCAAGGGAACCUUAAUAAUGGUCCUGUGAGAACGCAAUCGCGUACUAUAAAUGGUUCGGGGUUAUCGGAGGAGCCAGUGAAUAAGUUGUCUACCAAGGGGAGAUACAGGGAUGCGCCAUUGCUGCUGAGGCUGCUGAUUGCAGUUUUCCCGUUCUUGGGUUCAUGGACUAGAAUAUUGUGACAGAGAGAAAACCAUAGACGGUUUCUUGGAGUAUAUCAAAAUGGUAUAUAUUUUAAUUAUUUUGUGGGCAGUUUAGCAUUAUUUUGGAGGGAGGGUGGUGAUAGAUUAUUAUUGUUGAUAGAUAAAGCAGAUUCAUAUGUAAGACUAUGAAAUUAAAUUAUGUCUUUGGAGGAGGAGAAAAGGUGGGCGGUGGUGUGUUUUGAUUCUUUUGAAUAAUUGGAACCUCCACCGGUAAUGGGUGUGUAUACCAGGGAAUCAUUUGUUAAUUUAUUUUUUUCUCCCA